AUGGUCAAGCAGUGGAACCAUUUCAGGAACGACAUCACCCACUUGUACAUUCAAGAGCGUCGCACGCUGAAGGAGGUGCAGGAUAUCAUGAGCCAGAAACAUGGUUUCAAUGCGUCCAUCCGUUCCUAUCGUCAACGCUUCGAUCAGUGGGACCUGCAAAAGUACAAGUGCAAGAAACGAACGGCGCGUCGGCAGCAGCAAGGCGAACAGCCGCCAAACGAUCAAAGGCAGUCGUCGGGGAGCGCGUCACCCUGGCUUUCGACUCCUCAGACACCGCCGACCUAUGCCCAGCACGAAGGCCCUCCUCCUCACCUGAGCAUCCCAACAUCGGCGUACUGCUCUCCACACCUUGGGGCGUUAGAUAGCCUUCACAACGUCGAUGAGACUCAAGCCGUACACCUGGAGCGGUAUGCCGGAUGCCGCAACGACCAGGAGGCGCCGACGCUGACCAUGUUUGCACACAAGUUUGAUGAUAUGCCGCAAGCAUACGGCUCGGACGAGUAUGGAUUCUUCCCAGUCAUCCAGCCCAACCCUGAAGUGUUCGGACGACCUUACUGA